UUUUGAUUUCCUUCAAUGUCUGCCGUUUCCUUCUUUAAACUUGCAUUUCAGCCCGUUCAGCCCACCUAGACCCCGCUUAUCAUGCAGGUCUGUCUAAGCCAAUCGGGGCGUCUGUCAGCACUACUGUUCGGGAGGCCUACGUUCAGGUGCGCUUGUGGGGGAUUUGCUGAGCCUGAUAAUCCGGUUCCUUAAAUGAGACCUUACCCAUGCAGCAGAACCGCGAAGCUGCAGCGAGACACUCUACCGUUCACUCACCUUGCUAAGAUAUUAGGACUUACGACCACCAAUCCUCCUGCACGCUUACUAUAAAAGAUAUCAUACUCAUUAUCCUGCUCCGAUUCAGCUAUCAUUCUUCCAUGAUUACUUUCCAUCGCAAUCUGUUGUUCCUCCACUGAAUCCACUGUCAUGGCGGCCAACAAGGAGUUCAUCAAGCAGAAAAUACAGCAAGGGAACGAUGUCAAGAUACCGCCAAGGGAAAAUGUUCUAGCAGCGGCGGAUCACAUUCGAAAUCUCUUCGAGAAAAAGAAGUUCGCGUAUGGCGUCAUGGGAGGUCUCGAGAUGCUCUGCUUGGGCUAUCGCCGCGAUAUAUCGGAUCUCCACAUCGCUUAUGAUGAUAGGGACUUCAACAGGAUCAAGGCGAAGCUAGGGGCAGAUAAACGUGCUCAGUUACCCGAUGGAAUGAAUUCGCUAUUUCCCGCGAAGGUUCUUGUUCGAACGGGGCCAGCCUAUAAAGACGCAGAGUGCAUUAAUGCGGCAACUAUCGAAGUUAAUCUCAUACCACCGGGCUCCUACGGCACUCCAUCGAGUGGUAUGAUCAGCGCCAAUCUCGUGCUCUUGAGCUUGAAGGACGCAAAGUUGAAGACCUACAAAUGCCUAAACAUGCUACAUUUGGUCAAAACACUAGUUCACUUGUGUCGGGUCCGAGAUCUGGCCUGGGACCCGCGGAAAGAUAUACUUUUCCUUUGUCAACAUUACGGAGAAGAGGUGCAAUCCAUUCGCGCCCAGCUGAAUCAGAAAGAAGUGCAGGAGAAUUUCCUAGGAACACCUUUCGUUUCCCAACUCUCUUCUGAGGACCAGCGCAAAUGCUAUCAGAUACUCUUGGGUAAAGAUCCUCCCCCGGUAAUGGCGGUCAUUCCUCCACCUCCUUCUGAUGGCCAUAAGCACUCUCAUUCCGCUUCGGAGAUACCAAGACCUCGAAUGAAUUCACAAAACUCAUCGCCGGAGCUCCUGAGUCCACCUCUACCCGGCAAGCCGAAUUCUUCUCGACAGCAAGCUACAAAGACAAAAUCCCAGUCUAUAGACCUCACUGCGUCGCCUAAGCCACCACCAGCGCUGCCUGUAACAGGAAGAGACUCGCGCUCCAGAUAUCGUCCGAUUAGCGUCCCGAAUAGUCGGAACAACAGUCCCAAAAGUUCUCCCCUUGUUAACAGUUUACGACCUAAGUCAAUGGAUAUGCGACAUCUGCCUCAGCCCGGAUCAUCUCAAAACACUCAUCACAUGAGCGCACAGAACGUGGCGAACACAAAAGAGAAGUUUGUGUCGAAUCUUGCACCCACAUCCAUGGUUGAUUCAGUACGUAGGUCUAUGCCCGACCUGAACGUAGGUUUCUCAGAUCCAGUUGUACCCGUAGCAUCCUCUCAACCCUUUGUUGCAAAUGCGACCGGUACCAAUCAAUCGCCGCAGCAACUAUUCUCCACGUUACCAGUAGAGAUGUUGGCAACACCUGCAACAUACAAAUCAGGUCAGAAACACUUGAAGCCCCAACUUGGGUUAGGUGGAGACAAUUCACUCCCAAAUUUGCGAGCGGAAAAAAGAACUCUAACCACCGCGGACUCGAUAUUGCCUAAUGCGAGGGUUACAUAUCAAGGGCCCCAGAAGGCUAAGUUAGAGCCAUCUGGAACACCGAAGCCCCAGUCACAAGUGGGAAGCCUUCAUAUGGUCAACCCCAAGGAAGAAGCUGCACUUUUACAGCAAUACGUCCCCAAUCUUGAAGAAGUAGCAAGUAAACUACAUCUCGUUGGUUCCGAGGGUCUGUACGAAGCGCCGCUGAAAUCGACACUGCCUACAGAACCAAGUCUGCGGAAUGCGCCGCAGCAGGCAUCGCAUGUCUUUGAGCUUGACGCGACGCCUCCACAAAAAGGCACCGUUAUUGGGGAGCUAUCCGCCGAUAGUGACGCUGCAUUGCAGGAGAAUUCAAGUCUUCCUUCUGAGCAGAUGCAGCCCAAUAUAUACAACAGGCCGAUAACUGAUGAGUUGCUAUUCAGCCUCCCAGAUUCCCAUACAAGUACCGCAUCGAUUCCACACCAACAACGAUCCUAUAGACCGUCGAAUCCCCGCACCCAAUCCGCUCCAUUUACGGCACUCCCAACCAGCUUAAAGGUUGGCGGACUAGGUGCCCCACGCCCUCACUCCAGGACACCAAGUAACAGCAUUUCGUAUACACCUUCACAGACGGCGUCCUCGCAGCUUCCCGCGACGAAGACAAACGCGUCCCGGUACUCGCAAUACUACUCUCCACCAUCGUCAGAGCCCAAUAGCGAACACAGCUCGCCGCAGCCCAGCCCAGCCCUACCCUCCCUUUACAAAGCCUACAGUCCACCAUCCAUUCCUCUGCAAUCUCUAAAGGCGCAACAGGCACGGACUGAACAUCUUGAACGACAAGCUCGUUCGAGAAAUGUCGACACUGUUCAAGGUGUUGAUGGUGCACAAAGCUACUUCCGUAUGCAUAAGCGGGAUGCCUCACACGAUUCGCAAGCCUCGACCGCGUCGCAUGAUUCUAGCAAGUUGGCACGGGAGUAUCAAGUAGAGCUACCUGACUUUGAUCGUGGAUAUAAUUCGAGAGAUGAAGUGGUAGACGCGUAGGAACGUCGCGAUUAGACGGGAAGUAUAAAAUUUGCAUCGAGUUAUGAGAGAUGGGCGGUCACGGUAUUUACUAUAUUCAUGAACUCACGAAGCGUUUUCUUCUCAAUUCAUCCGACCCACACGACAAUUCCAUUCAGCAGUAGAACUUCGCUUUAGCGUAUAAAUCAAAGCGAAUAGAAAUCAUUUCCAGAUCUCAAUCAUAACCGCGCGUUGCCCUUCACCUCAACAUACUUCGCAACCCAGUCAAUCGCAGCCUCAUACCCAAACACCCCCAAUCCACAAAUCACCGCCUCCGCCUUGUCACUCAGAUAACUGUGAUGUCGAAACGCCUCCCGCUUAUGAAUGUUACUAAUAUGCACCUCGACAAACGGAAUGUCCACGCCCACCAGCGCGUCUCUCAGCGCUACGCUCGUGUGCGUUAGUGCUCCGGGGUUAAUCACUAUCGCGUCAACGUGCCCGCGCGCUUCGUGGAUGCGGUCGACUAGCAC